AUGGCUAACUUAAAAUUUUGGCUGUGUUUGGUCCUGAUCUGUGUUUCGCUGUCGUGGUCAUCAGCAUUUCGGCCAAUGCAGGAGCGGUUUGCAAACAGAGAGGGAAAGAAAGGAGGGCGUAUGAUGAGAGAAGCUGAAAAAGUGUUGAAAGCUAAUAUGGAGAAGCUAAUGGAGAGAGGUUUUAACGAGUCCAAGAGACUCAGUCCUGGAGGUCCUGAUCCUCGUCAUCACUAA